AGCUUCGCGAAUUCAUCACAAUUAGCUUCGUCAAGACAAUAUGAAAAACGACAAGAAAACGAAAAAGGCUGCCCCUGCGGCGAGUCAAAUCGCUGAUGAGCGAUUUGCCGACUUUGAGACCGAUCCCCGAUUCCGUUUGCCCUCGAAGAAGCAGACAAAAACCACAAUCGACAAGCGAUUCUCUCGCAUGCUUAAAGAUGACGAGUUCACUGCUACCGCCAAGGUCGACCGAUAUGGCCGAAAAGUAAAAUCGGAUUCCAAGAAGAAGGCUCUACAAAGGUUGUACCGCGAGGAGGAUGAAGAAGAAGACGAGGAGGAGGGGGGAGAGGAGGAAGAUGACAUCGAGGUCGAGGAUGACGAGGUCGUUCAGCGAGAAUUGCGAAAGGCGCACGAGAAAUACGACCCUGCCCGAGGCGGUGGUUUCUCAUCUUCUGAAGACGACUCUGAUUCUGAGGAGGAAGAGUCCGACUCCGACGAAGAAGAAGGUGGCGCGCAAGUCGAUACCGAGGGAGACAUGCAGCGAUUCCAAGAUGAGCAAAACGAUGUUGAGGCUGGAGAAGUGACGAAUCGAAUCGCCAUUGUCAACCUUGACUGGGACCACGUCAAAUCUACUGACCUCAUGGCUCUCUUCAACAGUUUCCUUCCUGAGACUGGUGGCAAGAUCGACAAGAUUUCAGUAUACCCUAGUGAAUUUGGCAAGGAGCGCAUGCAGCAGGAAGAAGUUGAAGGACCCCCGAAGGCAUUGUUCAAGAACUCCAAGGACGACUCGGACGACGAUUCGGAUGACAGCGACGAAGAAAGUGAGGAUGGAGACGAGCGAAUCAAGAAGAGUUUGCUCCAAGAGGGUGACGAUCAGGACUUCGACAGUGAUGCGCUACGAUCUUACCAGCUCGACCGUCUACGAUACUACUAUGCCGUCAUGGUCUGCUCAAGCCCAGCUGUUGCGCAGAAGCUCUACGAGGCUGUCGAUGGACGAGAGUACCAGUCAUCCUCCAACUUCCUCGAUCUUCGAUUCGUUCCCGACGAUGUCACUUUCGAUGACGAGCCCAGAGACGAGUGUGAAAAGGUUCCCGAGUCAUACAAGCCCGUAGAAUUCGUGACAAACGCCCUUCAGAGCUCAAAGGUCAAGCUUACCUGGGACAUGCAUCCUGAGGAGGCAUCGCGCAAGGAAUCCAUCAACCGCGCUUUUAGUGGUAGUCGCAACGAGAUCGAAGAGAACGAUCUCCGCGCAUACUUGGCAAGCGACAGCGAAGAUGACGACGAUGUGGAGGAAGAAGAGGUCGUCGAAGAAGAGAAGGGUGAGGAUGAGCCCAAGCUUUCCAAGAAGGAGUUGGCGCGUCGAAAAAUGCGCGCUGCCUUGGGUCUAUCUGAGGAACCUACCAAAUCUUCCAAGAACGCCCCCGUAGGCGACAUGGAGAUUACUUUCACGCCUGCUUUGUCAGAGAGCGCACCAAAGAAGACAGUCGAGGAGGAGACAACAAUUGAGAAGUACAUCCGAAAGGAAAAGGAGCGAAAGGAGAAGAAGCGCGAAGCUGCACGAGCUCGGCGUGCUGGCCAGGACCCUGAUGCCGAGGAGGAGGAAGAGGAGGAUGUCGAGGUCCCUGCAGGCGAGACCGACGACCUUGGAUUCGACGACCCCUUCUUCACUGCCGCCGAAGACCCCGCAGCAUCUUCCAAGACCUCCAUCCGCAAAGCCGACCGUCUCAAGAAGCGCGAAGCCCGCGAAGCCGCCGAGGCCGAAAACAAAGCCCAGAAGAAGCAGCUCGAGAAGGUCAUGGCCGACGUGGACGCAGACCAAGCUGAUCACCUAGACCACUUCGACAUGAACGAAAUCGUCCGCGCAGAGAAGGCCAAAAAGAAGAAGGGCAAAGCCAAAAAGAAGGCCCUGGCCAAAGAAUCCCGCGGCGGUCUGCAGGAGGACUUUAGCAUGGAUGUUGACGAUGAUCGUUUCAAGGCUGUGUUUGAGAGUCACGAGUAUGCUAUUGAUCCUUCGAAUCCCAAGUUCAAGGCUACGGAGGGUAUGCAGAAGUUGCUUGAGGAGGGUAGGAAGAAGAGAAGAAAUGCAGAGGGAGGGGAUGAGGAGCCUAGAAGUAAGAAGGCUAAGAAGGGACGGAGGUAAUGUAAUAGAUUAUGUAUAUCUGGUUAGAUUGGAGUUGGGUUUAAAAGUGGUAUUUGAUAGCAUAAAUCAUGAAGCAUAUACUGUUCAGUCCUUCUCUUCUGGCACCGACGCUCAAACAUGAUCCUCGAUACAUAGAUCUUUCAAC